UAUAUUAACGGCUGUUUGCCGGGGCUGGCCGGCUUCAUUAGGAACGUACAAGUCAGUCCGUCGUGCUGCUUUCCGGGAAUAACCAUCUGCUUGUCUCCAUCGUUCGCCAUGGCACCGGUAGUGAAGUGUUUACUCUUCGCCGUAAUUGCGGUGAAUUACGUUGUCGCCAAGAUUCCUCCGCCGGGUAUCAAGAAACUGAGCGAUACGCAGUAUGAGAGCCUGCCGAAGUUCGAGCCGAACAGCCGGCAUCGCGCCGUCAAAGCGAUACCUGAUUGUUUCGACGCGCGGAAACGCUGGCCGAAGUGCAAGAGUAUCGGGGAUAUCCGCAAUCAGGGAAUGUGCGGUACCUGUUGGGCGGUAGCCAGUUCCGCCGUCCUCUCGGAUCGCAUCUGUAUCGCCUCGGGAGAAAAGGAUCAGACGUACAUUUCCGCUGAGCACAUUGCCGGCUGUACAGAUCUGAAGCGCAAUGGAUACGAAAACUGUCAGGGAGGCAACGACAACGCCAACGCCUACCGGCAGGUAGCCACCUUCGGCGUGGUCAGCGGUGGCAACUACAACAGCAAAUCGGGAUGCAUGCCGUAUCCGCUGCGCCCGCUGCCCGACUCGGAGGCCAUCGACAUCACCUGCCGCGAUCAGUGCACCAACACCGGCUUCAAGCAGAGCUUCGAGAAGGACAAACACUACAUCGAUGCAUUCUGGGCGUCGUACAUCGGGCAGACGCCGCUGAACGGCAUGCAGAACACCCCGGCCGCGGAGACCGCCAAGAACGUGGAGCUGAUGAAGAUGGACAUUAUGACCAACGGACCCAUCACCGCUGCCAUCGUCAUGUACACCGACUUCGAACCCUGGAAGCCCGAACAAGGUGCUUACCGAGGCCCGGGUGCCGGCGCCCAAGGCCCCAUCGGCGGACACGCCGUCCGCAUCAUCGGUUGGUGCAAGGACCCCAACGGCGUGCCCUACUGGCUGAUCGCCAACUCCUGGGGCACCGACAAGGGCGACAAGGGUACCUACUGGAUCGAGAUGGGGAAGAACGUCAUCGGGGUGGAGGACAUGGUGUCGGCGCCCAUCAUUAAGCAGCCCAACACCUGCCCGACGUCCCUCUGCGAGCAGGCCUUCGACCAGGUCAUCCGGCUGCAUCCCAACGACCCCAGUUCUGCCGUGUUCGUCUUCCAGGGCAACUGCACCCAGGAGGUCAAGGUCAGCGCCGACGGGAAGAUCACGCCGGUCGGGGCACCGGGACCCAUUGCCAGUACGUUCAUGGGGGGUCCGAAUUACGGGCCGAUCCGCUUCUGGGUGGAGGCGCAGAACCCGGCUGAAUUGUGGAUCGCCAGUGAUAACGGAAAAGCCGGAGUGUGCUUCGACACGCCACGCGCCGGUAAAAAAGGCUGCCGUGUGGGUAAAUUCAACGUCAACACCAUGGACCAGAACGCUGGACCGAUGACCAUCACCGCUGGCGGCGACAAAUAUAUUUAUUAUACGGAUGCCGGUCGCGCCAAGCAGAUCUACAAAUUCCCGGGACGCAGUCCGAGCGGUCAGGGCAUCGACAUCGGCGACGCCGUCAGCAGUAAAUUCAAAAAGGUCACGUCCAUCCUGGACAUCGACGGCAGCAAGAUGCUGGUGUGCGGUGUCGGCAUCAAGGGACAGCCGGCCUGCGCCACGCUGGCUUACGAUACGUGGAAGUUGUCGAAUCACAACACGCUGAAGAAAAUCGUGACCAAGUGCUGAAGGAAGGCUGGCAUCGUUUCGGGGAAAGGCCUGGUUGUUGCCACUGAACGACUGAUUACUGUGAAAGAUGGUUGUAACAAUCAACUGAAGUAUUCUUUUCCGCGUGCCGCGUAAUGGGGUAUUUUAAAUUAAGGGAUGGUUUGGGUUCCAUAGUCACGUUGGUUCUACCUAAUUGUACGCUGGCGACUACGAGAUGCAAUAAAAUUUUUUUUGUUUAAGUGAAACUGACUCUCGAUAUUGUAAUCGCGUUAUUGGAAAUAAAUCAGUUCUGCAUAAAAAUCUGGAUCGG